AUGAGUUUCAUCCCACUCAACCCCCGCCCCAUGCUCCAGGGCCUCGUAAACAAAGAAGUCAUCAUUCGCAUCAAAUGGGGACAAGAAUACACCGGCCGUCUCGUCAGCGUGGACUCAUACAUGAACAUUCAACUCAGCGGCGCAAAAGAGUGGAAAGACGGCGUAGAUGCGGGUACCCUGGGACAGGUCUUGAUUCGGUGUAACAAUGUGCUGUGGAUAUCGGCGCACGAUCAAAAGAGUUCGAAUGGGGAUACGAAGAUGGAGGAUUAG